AUGGACUCCGACGAGGACCUCGCCUCGACCCUCGGCUCCGAGGAAGACUUCAAUCUCCAAGACGACAGCGACGAUGCCGAGGAGUUCGACGCGUUCGACGAGGACCCCGACGACGAACCGGACAUGGGAUCCGUCAAGGAGUCGAAGAAGAAGGUGGCCUAUGACAUCAGCUACAAGGUCUAUGCACCCGAGGACAUCCAACAGCAGCAAAAGGACAUGAUGGAUGAAGUAAAUAUGAUCCUCGAGAUGCGUCCCGAGGAUGCUGCCAUCCUCUUGCGCUACUUCCGAUGGAACAAGGAGAGGCUCAUGGAGGACUACAUGGACAACAGCGCCAAGGUCCUCGAGGCUUCUGGUCUCAGGUCGACUAGUGACAACCUGCCCAAGCUCGAGACCGUCCCCGACUUCAUGUGUGACAUCUGCUGUGACGACGAGGAGGGCCUCCGGUCCUUCGCCCUGAAGUGCGGACACCGUUUCUGCGUCGACUGCUACCGCCAGUACCUCACCCAGAAGAUCCGCGAGGAAGGCGAAGCCGCUAGAAUACAGUGUCCGUCCGAAGGCUGCUCACGUAUCAUCGAUGCCCGAUCGCUCGAUCUUCUCGUCACCCACGAGCUCAGGGACCGCUAUCAAGAGCUAUUAAACCGCACGUAUGUUGAAGACAAGGAUAUUCUCAAGUGGUGCCCAGCCCCGGACUGUGAGAACGCCGUCGAGUGCGCCAUCAAGAAGAAGGACUUGGACAAGGUGGUUCCCACAGUUGCCUGCGCCUGUGGCCACCGCUUCUGUUUCGGCUGUAUCCUCAAUGACCACCAGCCCGCCCCCUGUGCCCUCGUCAGGCAGUGGCUCAAAAAGUGCGCCGACGACAGCGAGACUGCCAACUGGAUCUCGGCAAACACCAAGGAGUGUCCCAAAUGCAAUUCCACUAUAGAGAAGAACGGCGGUUGCAACCACAUGACAUGCAGGAAAUGCAAGCACGAAUUCUGCUGGAUGUGUAUGGGCUUGUGGUCAGAGCACGGCACCAGCUGGUACAACUGCAGCCGCUUCGACGAGAAAAGUGGCCAUGACGCCCGAGAUGCCCAAGCCAAGUCCAGGAAGUCUCUGGAGCGUUACCUCCACUACUACAACAGAUACGCCAAUCACGAGCAAUCGGCCAAGCUGGACAAGGACAUCUACGUCAAGACGGAGAAGAAGAUGGUUCAGCUCCAGACGGCUUCCGGCAUGUCUUGGAUCGAGGUUCAGUAUCUCAACUCGGCAUCCCAAGCACUGCAGACCUGUCGUCAGACCCUCAAGUGGACUUACGCCUUCGCCUUCUACCUGGCACGCAACAAUCUUACUGAGAUUUUCGAGGACAAUCAGAAGGAUCUGGAGAUGGCCGUGGAGAACUUGUCCGAGAUGUUUGAGAAGCCCGUGUCAGAGUUGGCAGACCCCAAACUGAAGGUGGAGAUCAUGGACAAGACGGCCUACUGCAACAAGCGCCGCAUCAUCGUCCUCGAAGACACAGCCGACAACUUGGCAAAUUGCCGAUGGCAGUUCAGCCUUGAUUUGAAGCCCGCGGGUACAGGCAGUCGGAAAUAG